AUGGCGGGCUUGUUCGUCUUGUCAAAGCGCAAUGGCUCAAACGUUGGCUUUGAUGCUGAUCUGCCCAAUUUGGGCCGCGAGCACUGGCCAAGCCGUGCCCCGACAAUGCUCUAUCUCACCGAUGGCGACCAGCUCUCCUGGUACCGCAACCUGUGUACUGGCACCUUUACCAAAGUUGUGAUUGACGCAGCUGCCGAUGGCGUGCAAGCUGUCAUGGCCGCGGACCUGGACGACGAUGGUGUCCUAGAGCUCGUCGCCGCGUUGCGCGAGGGACAACAGCUCCUCUAUGACAACGUGGAGCGAUGGGCCUGA